AUGGUCGUCAUCCAAACCGCCACCAUGUCUACGUGUCAAGGGGCGAACCUCUGCUUCCUCUUCUUCCGUGAAGAGGAGCCACCGCCGUCCGACACCCUCGGCGUACUCGCCUUCGACACAGCCAAGACCAUGUGUCGCCUCGUCUCCCUCUACAAAUCCCUUUCCGACGUGGAAAUCCUUAAACUCCGUCGCCACGUCAUCAGGUCCAAAGGGGUAACCUACCUGAACUCACAACAAGAAUGUUUCCUCCUCAACCUCGCCUGUGCUGAGCGCCUCGAGGAUCUAGACCAUGCCGCAGCCACCAUGUCCCGUCUCUGUACGAACUGCACCGACACGGGGCACAAGAGCUUCGAAGUGGUCUACGCAAACAUGAAGAGCUCUGGCGCUGGCUUGGAUGCAAGGAAAUUAGAAUACGGAACCAAGAAUGUUGAGAAGGUGAUUGAGAAAAUGGAGAGGCUUGUUUCCACCACAAGAAACCUCUACACUGCUAUGGAAUCUUUGUCGGAAAUGGAAUUGUCCGAGAAAAAGAUACAACGGUGGAGAUCCUUAAGGUCCAACCAUGGCCUCAUGGUGAAAGUGGAAUGCUUUGAUGACAGGAUCGAGUACCAUAGGAGGCAAGUGCAACAUUACAAGCAAGUUUCCCUUUGGAACCAAACAUAUGACAAGGUUGUUGGCCUCAUGUCUCGCAUCAUCUGCAUCGUUUAUGCAAGAAUUUGUUGCGUGUUUCGGUCUUUGAUCAUAGCUGGCGGUAGAAAUAGAAGGAAUCUGGAGAAUUAUUAUUGCCUCCUUAUUCAUCGUGAGUUAUACAUGUCAAAUGUUAACAUAUACAAUAAUAUGGACGAACGUUUCAAGAGGAGGAGGAAGCAACAGAAGAAUAAUCCUUGCCUCGCGUUCAAGAAAAUAAGUGCCAUCAAAUUCCCUAAUCGCCAUGUUCCGCCGCGUGCUGCUACAGCGAACGGUGGUGGUGGUGGUGGUGGAGGAGGAGGAGGAAAUGGUAAGAAUAAUAAGACUAUUUUAGCAAAAAAUAAUAAAGUCUUGAGGCUUGCACCUCCGACCACAGUCGGAGGCUCAGGGCUUUCGCAGCGGUAUGCGAACAUCAUAUUGUUCAUGGAUCGUUGUAUGCAUGCCCCGGUGGCAAUCGGGGAGGAAGCACGCGUUGCACUCUAUGAGAUGUUGCCAGAAAGGCUGAAGAUGAAGUUGAAGGUGAAGUUAAGGAAGCAACGGAUGGAAUGGGAGAAUUGUGAGAAAGGGACGGACAGCCACCUAAAGGUGGCGGCACAAUGGCGAGACACAGUGGAGGAGGUGAUGGAUUGGUUGUCGCCGUUGGCGAACGACACGGUGAGGUGGCAGACAGAAAGGCACCUAGAGAAGCAGAAGUACGACAUGAAGCCAACGGUGUUGUUGUUGCAAACUUUGCACUACUCAGAUUUGGAGAAGGUUGAAGAGGCGAUUGUUGAUGUGUUGGUUGGGUUGAGUUGUAUAUAUUGGUACCAAAAGGAAUGGUAG